CGUGCGACCGCUCGCGGCCGAGGACGACCGCCGCGCCACGCGCUAUACUCCGCUUAUUACGCAGUAGCGACCAUCGCCGACCGCGUGGACACUUCCGAACAACUUUUGAUGCGAGUUUAUGAAAACCCCAAACUGUGCAAAGUGCUAAUCGAACCCUCAGUGAACUCUUGACAGUGCGAAAAAGUUAUAAAGUGCUCGGAACUCGGAAGGACGCCUGAAUUUGCGCAGCGGCCAAAUAUUGGGACCGGUGACGAUCGUAGGCGACACGAAACGCGGUGUUACGGGCCACGUUACAAGGUUAUCGCGCCUCUAGCCCGCCAGUGAUGAAUUGGAAAAUCGGCGUAUAGCUCACGUGGUUCACGCCCCGCCCCCGCCGCGCUCCGCGCUUAUAUUUAGCGAAAAUCACCUCUCGGGAACGGCCCGACGGCCGACGCUCGGCGUACGGCGCUGUUUAUGAACGUUACCGAGAUACCACAUGUUAUUGGCUUCGAAUAACAGAGCCGAUAACGAGAAGACAGAUAACCUCCCGUUGGAGCUCGGGUCCGACGACGUUCUGGAAAUAGAAAAAAAUCAGAAACGAGAGCGCACUGUGAUGCUAACGGCCAAAGUCGGCACGCACCGCUGAGCGUGCGGAUCGUCACAGCUACCGAAAAAUUCCACUGAGCCGCUGUGUAGAGAGGCGGAGAUGUCUCUGCAGGCGGGCGGGAGCUAUACUAACCUGUGGUCGUCGCAGACGGCGCUGCAGGAGCUCGAGGGGGGCAUGGGGGAGCUGGAGCCGCUGGGCGAGCUGGCCGAGGUGGGCUUCGAGCCGCAGCCGCGCGCGCGCUCCAACACGUGGCCGCUGCCGCGCCCCGACAACUUCGUCGACCCCGAGGACGCCGGCUCCAAGAAGAACUCCAACACCAAUCUUUCCGGUGCCCCUCCUCUCCCCACAGCAGUGGGCAAAAAGAACUCAUCCCGACGCAAUGCCUGGGGCAACCUCUCUUACGCUGAUCUCAUCACCCAGGCCAUCACCUCGGCACAGGACAACAGACUCACGUUGUCGCAAAUCUAUGAGUGGAUGGUCCAGAACGUGCCAUAUUUUAAGGAUAAGGGCGAUAGCAAUUCCUCAGCUGGAUGGAAGAAUUCGAUCCGGCAUAACCUGUCGCUGCACAACCGGUUCAUGCGAGUGCAGAACGAGGGGACGGGCAAGUCGUCAUGGUGGAUGAUAAACCCGGAUGCCAAACCCGGCAAGUCCGUACGGAGACGGGCAGCUUCUAUGGAGACGUCGAAAUUCGAGAAGAGAAGAGGGAGGGUAAAGAAGAAGGCGGAGGCACUAAGAAAUGGUGCCACAGCCGACGCGACCCCCAGCCCCAGCAGUUCCAUCUCCGAAAGUCUCGACAUCUUCCCAGAAUCGCCCAUGCACAGCAACUUCCAGCUAUCGCCAGCGAACGCGGAGACGUUCCGCCAGCGCGCGUCGUCGAACGCGUCGUCCGUCGGCCGCCUGUCACCGAUCCCGUCGCUAAUCGCCCAGGAGCCGGACUGGGUGGACUACUCGACCAACAACGACUACGGGCCGGAUUACACGAACACGGAUUUCCAAGAGUACGCGCCGGCCGCCGAGCUGGCUGGCUCGCUGGCUGACUCGAUGAAAUUGCAGGGAGCGGAUCCAUUCCUAAAUACGUACGUGCCAACGACGUCGUCAUCGUCGACCGGCUACCGCUACUCGUACUCGUGCCCGCAGCACCUGCACGGCGGCUGCGCGUGCGCGUCCAUGUUCAGCCAUCCCGCGCACCCCGCGCACCCCGCGCACCCUGCGCACGCGCUCGACCAUUUCGUCAGGCCGCCGCCGCCCGCCGACCCCGCUGACAUUAUGCACACAGAAAACAGCCAAACGCAGAUGGUGACGACAUCAGAUGCGGCACUGAUGAACGGCGGUAUGAUGGUUCAGACGGCCAUGCCUACAACCGUCAUGGGUCAGAUCAUGGGCGCGCUGAAUACGGGGCUAGUUGAGGACCUCAACCUCAACAUCGAGUCGCUGGAGCACAGCUUUGACUGUGAUGUUAAUGAGGUGAUAAAGCACGAGCUCAGCAUGGACGGGUCGCUGGACUUCAACUUCCCGCAGCAGCAUCAGGCCAUGGCGGCCGAGGCCGACAGCCAGUUCGCGGCGCCCGCGCCGCCCGUGCCCACCACGCUCUCCGGCGGCGGCGCGCCCCGCACCCCCUACUCCGCCACCCCCUCCUGGGUCCACUGAAAACCCACUAAACGACUACACGGACAGUUACCUACUUAUUGACUACCAGAGGUUGUUAUCUGAGUUAUCUUCCUAUUAAGUUCGAUUUUUUUUGUUACUUCGGCAAGAUUUUUUUGUUCUAUUGUCAUGUUAACUAAUGUUAGAAUUUUAUUGUUUAGUGUAAGUGGACCGUUACCGCUCGUUGUUGAAGUGUCAAUUGUAUUAGUGGUAGUAGGCUUUAGUGUUAAGCUAGGUGGAAGCUUGUGAUAUAGAUAGGGUAUUGUAAUCCGGGUAGUCGCUUGGACCAGGAGGGGACGCAGGUUCGAUCCUGUAUCGCGGGCACUGACACCAAACAGAGGUAGUUGCAACGCUUUUAGGGACCGGCCACACUUAAGAGACGCAUGUCCUGAGGUGCGGAACGGACGUCCGCGCCACGCCGCCUGAAUGUAAUUCAAAAAACGUCUCCUCAGUACAUUAUGUAUAGGAAGGACGUAAGACGCGCCCCCAGGCGGCGCGGCGCGCGCCACGCCGCCGCCACGUGAAUUACAUUCAGGCGGCGUGGCGGAGACGUCCGUUGCGCGCCCCGAGACACGCGACGCUUAAGUGGGAACGCUACCUUAGGAUUGGAAAACUUCUGAAGCGGUCAAUUAAAAUGACGAGCUUUGUGUCAGCAUUUCCAAAUAACUGUUCAUCACAAAUGAACCGCGCAUCAGGAGACCUAGGUACUCUAGAGACUGAAACCAGUGUUCUUAAUCAAAACCUGUUAGUAACGAAAACAAUCUGAAGGUGCGACAUAAUGUUAUAUUUCGAAGUGAUAUUUUGGACGAAGUUAGUUAAGACUUUUCGACCUCGCGUAGCGUGUAGUGGACUAUGCCGAGUUGAUUUCUCAUCGUUUUAGUGUCGUCGCCGCACUGUCCCCUCCGAACACCUAAAUUAUGGUCUAUUCAUAUAUUCAAGUACCUCUGAAGAACGGGUAAGUGUCUGUGAGUUUAUUUCGGAUGUAGAAAGUGUCUCGUUUAGCGACAAUGCCGUUUACCUAGUACUUAUGUCGCGAUGUCUGUCCGUAACCAUAGCUGUAACUCGGUCUUAUAAAUAGGAUUAUUGGUUUACAAUCGUAUGCCUGUAAAUUUUGGUUGCAUGGGAAUAAAAUAUUGCCUCAGAAUUAAGAUGCUGAUUUUGCAUCUGUGAUGAUUUGUUUUGUGGGCCAAAAUUUGUAGAUGUAGGUAUAGAACCAAUAUUACAUAUAUAUUUACUUGAUUGAUUCCAAAGUGAAAUCUGCAUGUUUCUUUGUAAUAAAAUCUCCUUUACAAUAUUGUAAUAUAGGUACAACUAGUAAAUUCUAGUGUAAAUCGUACCAAUGUAUGUAUAUUGCAUAACUGUUUUCUGCAAUAACUGGCACCAAUUAGAUUGUAAUUAUUUGUAAUACGCCAUAUUAUUUGUGUUAUUUAUUAUUUACUAAGAACCUGUACCUCUGAGCCAUAACGUACCUACCAAAAAUGUUUACAAUAUUGCUCAAACUACUUGACACCAAAUAUAUACCGAAAUCUACUAUUACAGUUACAAUGAAUGUUUUUUUAGUAAGUUUCCACAGGCAUUAUGAUUAAAUCACGUAAAUACUUAUAUUGCAUUUUAUAUAGACAUGCACAAAUAUUAAUGGUACGGUGGUAAGAUAUAAUUAUUGCUCCGAUAAUUGUGCCUAUUGACAUGAAAUGUUGAAGAUUUUAAAAAGUUUAAUAGCAUCGCGUUUAAGAAAAAACAAACCAUAAAAUAAAGUGCUCGCAUUGAAGCUGACGCACAACCAAACCCGUUUUAGUCAGAUCUCUAGUCCCAGAUAUUAAUUUCGUCAUCUAAGUACAGGAUUUACUCAUUAUUUUAGCUAUAUCGAGUGUUAGCUUAUAAUCUCUUCGAAAACAAAAAAGUUCAUUCUGCGAAUUACCUCAGUGGACUGUUUGUGAUAGAUGUAGCCAAUAAGUGUUCAAUUUAAUAUGUGUAUCAUGUAAGGUCAAUUCUUGUACUUUUGGCGUCCAUUUUUAUGUAUAUAUUAAAACACGUUCGUUUCGCUUCGCCCAUUUAUCAAUUCGGUUACGCAAGUUAUUUUAAUUUUACACUAUAAUUAUAUUCACUGCUUGUAUACUUAACUACGUAUAUUUGCAGCUGACAUUGGUGCUAUAGAUACCUUGUUCGUUUGUGACUAAAACAAAAUUUCGUUAUUUUCAGUUACGUUUAGAAAUAUAAUGUACAAAAUUAGCUCGCAUUUGAUUCACCAGGAGGUGAAUAAUUUCUAUAUUAUUUCUAUCUUGUAGUUAUGGAUUAGUUAUAUUAAUUGUGACUUAAAGUCAAUCAGUUACUAUGAGUGGUUUGCGGAUGUUCGACAUCGAUUUUAACGUAGGUGUUGGGAAUUAGUAAUCUGCCAAAUAUAAAAUACGUAAUCUUGAGCCAUUUAGAAAAAUCCUAAUGUGUAUAGAUGACGUACCUAAAGUUUAGGCGUUAAUUGAUAAUUCGCGAUGACAUUACUGCCGAGUGAAUUGAACAUUAGACCACAAAAAAUUGCCUAACAUUUUGUUCGGCAGGAGUGUACAGCAACAGUAGACGAAUGAUGACUCCUCGGAGGUCUCUCAUGAUUAAGUUAAGGAUGUUAGUUAAUAUAUCUCCUGGUUGUUGAAGCAUAUGAUGUUGUAUGAGUUACACACCGCAACGAGUCGGGGUAUGUCAAUCCAGAUGGUCAAUUAUUUGAGACCGAAAUAAAAGUCUGUUCCGUUAAGGCAUAGCGUUAAUGUGAAAUUAUGAACUCCAUUUAGGUUAAACGGAUGUAUUUUUAGUCAGAGUUUUGUAUAUAAUAGUGCAUUUGCAUUUUUUUAGAGUGGCCAACUUUAUUUGGCAUGCUGUGCAUAAACUUUGACUAAAGACAUUGAUGUAAUAUUAGUAAGAUCAUUUUUGUUCAGAUUGUACCUAUCAACUGUGCGUGCAUGUUCUAAAACAUACAAAAUUAUGAAGUUAUUGAAUCGAAAUAUACUAAAAAGGCAAAUUUACUGAAUGUGGUGUUACAUGUGUGACAAUUUGACAAAUAUUAUGUAAAUAUAAAAUUCAAAACAGAUAAAAAUUGUAAUUGAUUGAGAAUAUUUUGCUAAAGGUACUUGACUGUCGACUUGUGUAAAAAAGGUUUGACAACAUUAACUUAGAUUAGUGGACUUGCUAGGAUAAUGCACAUUUUUAUAUGAAGCAGUGUUUUACUGUGUAAGAAACUUGUGUUUGUCUGGUUGACUGUUUGAAAAUCGUAAUGGAAAAGUCGACAUGUAGUGACAGGGUGUACGGGUUUUCGGAACUUAUGAAGAGUUAAAAUAGCAACUUUUAAUAUUUUUUUACAUAUACCUAGGGCUAUUACAGAAAAUAUGCCUGUGACUUAUUACUAUUACCUGCAUGAAUUUGUAUGGAGUCUCUAUAAUAAACCACAGAUACAUUUUCUUUAGCUCGGCUUUCUUAAAUAGUAAAUUUGCCAUUAGGUACUGUGACGAAUUUCCUACUCAAAAGGCAGUUAUAGCAGGUUUAAGGUUUCUUCAAAGAUCAAACACAUUCAGGUGACUUUGACCGUUUCAAACGUUUAAAAAACACAAUUUACCAGCAAAUGAAUAAAUUAGUUCGCAAAUUGUGUUUUUGAAUGUGAAACCAUCGCCUUUAAGGCAAAUACACACUAGGUGCGAUAGCAGCGCGUUUCUGAAUCGCUCGCGUGCACACGCAUCAUAGGGCGUACCGCGAACCACGUUCGACGGGUUUUCUCUCUGUCGCACUUGUAAAUUCAUACGUAAGCGUGAAAGGGAGGCAAGUCUUCAAACGACUCUCGCGGUAGGCCCUACUGUGAAUUGACAUUUGUGUUUUCAAGUCAACAGCAAUCAGCGGCGCUUUCUUACAGCUAAUUUGAAAUGUCAUUAUUUUUGACAAUUCGUUUGCCAUCAUUGACAUUUAUGACAUUUAUGACUCUUCGAACAAAAUAUUUUUUACUGAGCAAAAAGUAUUCGUCAGUGUGAAUUCACCUUUAUUACAUAACCUUUAUAAUUAUUGAUUUGAACGAAGAUUACUGACAAUAUUUAUUUUUUACGACAAUAGCUAAGAACAAAUGGUAAUUAUGGCAAACGAUAAAGCAUAAUGUAUGCAGCACAAUAGUGAGCCGUCCGCGCGAUGUGCAUCGAAAUUUAAUAAUUUUAGAGUUGAAAAUGUUAUGUAAGAACGAGUAGUUAGUUGCAAUAACCCGUUUGUCAACCGCAAGGGGUACUUAGCGAGUAAUAGAUAAUAUAUUUUAAUAUUAGACCACGGUAAUGCAUUGUUAGUAUGUAGGGACUGCUGGAUACUAUGUUGUAGUACCCACGUGCCCCAAAGUUACGUAUAAAUUAUUUUGUACAUGUUUAAUUUUUUUUUCGCAUAAUUAUGUUUAUGUCGUAAAAACUACAUUAUUUUUGUUAUAUUUUUCAGUUGCUUAUUAUAUUAUUAUUAAUUUUACGACAGAAAUGUGAAAAAUGUAGCUUAAUGAUUAGGAAAAUAUGUGUUUCAGUGUAAAUAUGAUAGAUGAAAACAUGUAUGUAGAAGUACAUAAAUCCUAUUUAUGUAUUAAAUUUGAUAUUGUUUUCAAAAUUGCA